AUGAUUUGGGCAGUGAUUUCCAUAGCAUUUUUUGGGUUUUUGCAGAUUGGUGAAAUUACUUGCUCCGGCCCUUAUAAUUCUUCAACAAACCUUUGCCGAUCAGAUGUAAGUUUUCAUAACAAAACACGUGAGGAUAACAAGGUUUUUCUGCAACUACGAAUUAAAGCGUCAAAAACUGAUCCAUUUCGAGCCUCAGCCACGAUAACCAUUGGCAGCAAUUCUGGUAUGUAUUGUCCAGUAAGGGCCCUUCAAACCUACCUUUCACGUGCGCCAACAGACUAUGCGGGACCAUUGUUUUGCUACUCAAACGGUGUUCCUUUAUCACAUAGUCAAUUUACUAAGGAACUACAAACACUUUUGGCCCAAGGUUGUCAUCACCCUGCUCAUUAUGGAGGCCACAGCUUUAGAAUCGGAGCAGCUACCACAGCUGCGUCCCAAGGUUUGCCUCAUUGGCUUAUUCAAACGCUAGGAAGAUGGUCUUCCGAUUGUUACCUCAGAUAUAUUCGCACGCCAAUCAAUGUCCUUACAGACGUUUCAAAACGAUUGAUUGCAGAGUGA